CGCUUUGGCGUGGCGUUGCCUCCUAUUUGCGCAAUAAUAAAAUAAUAUUCAAUGCAUAUUUCAAUUGGGACAAGAUAUGGAAAAUAACAUUGAUAACAAUAAACGAGAUUUGAAAGCAAAUACACCACUACAUCAAGUCAUUCCGAUUGUCAAUAUUGGCAAGGUGUUUUAAAAAAGUACUGAUCAGUUGACUCCUUAUUGAGUCGUACAAAACACAAGGGCUGGAUUUAGUUGAAGAGGCUGAAAGGCUGAAAGUAUCAAGCUAGUUUAAGACAUGGGACCAACUGCACCAUUUAAAUCAGUGGUUGUUAAGGAAGAGCCAUCAUGGUCGGACAGCGCAGUGAGCGAGGCAGACAUGUCAACCAACAUGCACAUGGAACAAUCGGAACAUGUGGUUAAAGAAGAGGUGCCGGCACCGGAGCAUGUAAAGAAGGAGGCUUCGUGUGAGGCAGACCCGCUUGCCAAACUGUACUCCGAAGAUGAGGUUAAAGAAGAGAUUGUGCUGGGACCGGAGACUGUCCAACGGCCUAAAAUGGUCUACACAUACUGUGUACCAGUCGAGGUGGAUGUGAAGCAGGACUCCGCAGGGGCGGGGGGGACAGUAGUCGAGUCUGAGAGCGAGACGGCACCAUGCGGGAGUGAGACUGCACGAGAUCCACAGAUUAAAAACAGCCUGACGUCAAUAGAAACGGUGGAGGUGGAGCCGGAGCCUGCAGAGGCGGACGAGGCUGCAGGCGAGAGUGGGAGCAAGACAAAAGGGUCCAGUAGUAAACUAGUACUCAAGACUUACAUCUGCGACACAUGCCAAAAAGUAUUUUCAGAUGCAUACCAUUUGAACAGACAUUCAAGAGUCCACACGGGAGAAAAACCAUACACCUGCACAAUCUGCCAUAAUAAGUUCGCGAAUUCACGGAAUUUAAAUCAUCAUCUACGAAUACACACUGGAGAAAGACCGUACGAGUGCAUGGUGUGUGAAAAAAAGUUUACAAAUUCGAGUUCUUUGCAUGUACAUGAGCGGAUUCACACGGGAGAGAGGCCACACUCGUGCAGAACUUGUGGGAAGCAGUUUGCACAAAGAAGCACGUUGGUACUUCACGAACGAACGCACACCGGGGAAAAGCCUUACGAGUGCAAGAUAUGUCCGAAGAGCUUUAUAAAACUGGCCAAUUUGAAGUUACAUGAGCGAUCACACAGAGGGGAGAAACCAUACGCAUGUAAACAAUGUGACAAAAGAUUCACACAAUCGAUGAAUUUAAAGCUACAUGAACGAAUCCACAGGCAAGAUACACCUGAAACGAUUUUGCAACAACAGAUCUGUACGUUUUCUAACAUAUCGUGUGAUCGUCACGAAUGAAUAUCAUGAAUCUUAAGAGCGUUUAGCAUGACUCUGUAAAGUUUGCCAAAGACGAAGCUAGUUCACCUAGUGACUAGUCCAACUUAGAAGAGCCCUAUUAUGUAGCUCUUAAAAAGAUCUAUAGAAUAUAUAUUCUUCUGACGUAUUCGUAUUCGAUCAAACAGAAGAGACAACACGAAUUCUUAGUUCAAACCAUUUUACUAAUUGGCAUUUAGAUCUCGACUUUUUGUGGAUACACCGUUCGAAUCAUCCGAAUCGAUUAUUAAUUAAAACCGGACAAGUGCGAGUCGGACUCGCCCACCGAGAGUUCCGUACUUUUUAGUAUUUGUUGUUAUAGCGGCAACAGAAAUACAUCAUCAGAAAUUUCAACUGUCUAGCUAUCACGGUUCGUGAGAUCCAGCCUGGUGACAGACGGACGGACGGACAGCGGAGUCUUAGUAAUAGAGUCCCGUUUUACCCUUUGGGUACAUACGGAACCCUAAAAACUAGCCAAAAACUAUCGGUAACUAAUUUGUUAGCACCAUAUAUAAUAUUUAGCUGAACGGGACUGUAACAUGCGAACUUUGAUUUAUUUUCGCGGUUCACACUAACAGUUACAAUUUACAAAGUCGAUUGAAAUGUCGAACUGCGUUAAGUUACCACACGAAACUCUAAAUACGUUAUUAAAAUAAAAUUGAAAUUAGUUGUAUAUAAAAUUAAAUAAGUAUUUACAAAAUACUAAGAUACCAAAAGAAAGUAUCUAAAUUCAACAUGAAAAUACGUAUUUUGUAUACUGUAUCUUAGAUACUUUUAUCCUAUAUAAGUCACAUCUCUGGUAAUGAAAUAAAACA